AACUUGCACUAAACGCAAUGGUUGGUAACUAGCCUCUGGUUCUAGGGUUUGGCCGACCUAGUUCAACACAGCAGAGGUUACAUCACGAAAGUCGGCCCUUGACAGACAGGUGACAUACACAGAGAGAGAAAGUGGCAAACUUGCGAACUGCCUACUACCAUAUUGGCAUGACAUACAUAAUAUCUGCGUGCUUCUAACGAGAUAUCCAUCCACAGAGUGACUCGACGGAAUUAUAAAGCUACUUGCUACCUAUUAGCGAGCUAACGUGCUGGUGGGGAAAACAAUCUGCCAAUUGGUCCUAUCUCGGACAAAACUAACCUUGACAUAAGAUGUCCUGCUGCACAUGCACAGCUGCUGCGAGGGUACUAUUUCACACAGCACAGAAAGCGGGACUCUCCAGCACGCGGCUGCAGCUGUAUGCGCUGAGCAGGCCGGCGUCUCGGGAACUCCACCUACCUCCCCACGUGCGCGUCAGGUCCUUUUCCGAAACAGUUGUGUGUUACGCAUCAAAAGAUGGCACAACCAAGGAUGGCUCAAGUGAUGGGGGAAAGAAAAGCAUAACCGAGGGGGGUAAAAGGCUGUCCGGCUCGGGCGGUACUGGCAAAGGAGGCAAUCAGCUGCGAUGCCCAAAAUGUGGAGAUCCCUGCACUCAUGUGGAGACCUUUGUUUCUUCAACACGGUUUGUAAAAUGUGAAAAAUGCCACCACUUCUUUGUGGUGCUCUCGGAGACCGACUCCAAGAAAGGUCUGAACAAGGAGGCAGAGUCUGCUGCUGAGGCUGUUAAGCUGGCCUUUGCACAGAAACCCCCGCCUCCCCCCAAGAAGAUCUAUGCCUACCUGGAUAAGUAUGUAGUUGGCCAGUCGUAUGCCAAGAAGGUGCUGGCGGUGGCUGUGUACAACCACUACAAGAGGAUCUACAACAACAUCCCGGCGGGCGGCCGGCAGCAGGUGGAGGUGGAGAAACAGAACUCCCUCACUCCCCGGGAGCUAGAGAUAAGAAGACGGGAGGAUGAAUACAGGUUCACAAAGCUGCUUCAGAUCGCGGGCAUCAGUCCCCAUGGCAACGCGCUGGGCGCCUCGGUGCAGCAGCAGGCCGCUCAGCAGGGUCCCCAGGAGAAGAGGGGCGGCGAGGUGCUCGACUCUGCACACGCCGACAUCAAGCUGGAGAAGAGCAACAUCGUACUGCUCGGACCCACCGGCUCAGGUAAAACUCUGCUGGCCCAGACGCUGGCCAAAUGCCUGGACGUGCCCUUUGCCAUCUGCGACUGCACAACUCUGACUCAGGCCGGCUACGUGGGCGAGGACAUCGAGUCGGUCAUCGCCAAGCUGCUGCAGGAUGCCAACUACUCUGUGGACAAAGCCCAGCAAGGCAUCGUCUUCCUGGACGAGGUGGACAAGAUCGGCAGCGUUCCUGGGAUCCACCAGCUGAGGGACGUGGGAGGCGAAGGAGUCCAGCAGGGUUUGUUGAAGCUGCUGGAGGGCACGAUAGUGAACGUGCCAGAGAAGAACUCCAGGAAGUUGCGUGGGGAGACGGUACAGGUGGACACCACCAACAUCCUGUUUGUGGCCUCAGGAGCCUUCAACGGCCUCGACCGCAUCAUCAGCAGAAGGAAAAAUGAAAAGUAUCUGGGUUUCGGCACGCCCUCCAACCUGGGCAAGGGGCGUCGGGCGGCAGCGGCGGCCGACCUGGCCAACACCACGGGCGGCGCCGAGCAGGACGCGGUGGCCGAGAUGGAGGAGAAGGACCGGCUGCUGCGGCACGUGGAGGCCCGCGACCUCAUCGAGUUCGGCAUGAUCCCCGAGUUUGUGGGCCGACUGCCCGUGGUGGUGCCCCUGCACAGCCUGGACGAGGACACGCUGGUGCGCAUCCUCACUGAGCCCCGCAACGCCGUCGUGCCACAGUAUCAGGCACUCUUCAGCAUGGACAAGUGUGAUCUGAACGUGACGCCAGACGCCCUAAGAGCUAUUGCCCGACUCGCUCUGGAGAGGAAGACAGGAGCCAGAGGCCUCAGAUCCAUCAUGGAGAAACUGUUGCUGGAGCCCAUGUUUGAAGUUCCCCAUUCUGACAUCAUUACAGUGGAGCUCAACAAGGAAGUUGUUCAAGGAAAGAUCGAUCCACUCUACAUCAGGGCGCCAGCUAAGGAGUCUGCAGAAGAGGAGUACGACUCGGGGAUAGAGGAGGACAACUGGCCUAGGCAGGCAGACGCUGCCAAGAACUGAACAACCCACCCCACCCUGUCAGUCACUUACUUCCAGAACAUUCAGUCAAAUUAAACACAGUCAGUUGUAGUACACUGUCCUGGA